AUGUAUAGACAAAUACCUUUAUCUGUUGCGUUCAGUAGUGAAAACCCUGACGUCAAAAUAAAGGGGAACAGAGUAACGUUUAAGUUUCCAACAGACUGGAUUGUGAACAUAAAUGAAGAGAAGUACAUUGGCAUAACAUCUAUGUAUAUAACACGUGCUUUCAGAAAGGUUGACUUUAUACUUCAAGUCGAGAUAGAAAAUGACGAACAGUCUUUAAGCGCCCAAAACAUUCACAUAUACAAAUACUUUAAAGACGAUACAACAUUGCAACAAUGUAUGAUUUCAUUUAAUGAGAUGUUCGAGAAAAAGUUCAACAUUGAAGUACAAACUUUACAGCCUUUACGUGAGUUUCUUGCACAACUGAAAGAAGAAGGUAGUCAGCCACAACUUAUAGACUUUCAUUAUGA